AUGUCUGAAGAGCGUUGCUGUGGGUGCGUCUCUGUCGACCAAGACUACAACGUAGGCCAGCACGUUAGUGCUAUCCUCAUCACUUUCGUAGCAUCGGCAGCAGGAACGUUGGUCCCCAUUCUAGCAAAGAAGAUGCCGCAGUGCAAUACCAACUCGAUUAUCAUGGAGGCUAUCAGCUCGUUCGCUUUCGGUGUGGUUCUCGCGACGGGUUUGAUUCACAUGGUCAACGAAGGCAUUGAGAAGCUCAGCGACGAGUGUCUUGGAUCUAUUGUGGAGGAAUACGAGUGUCUCGGCCUGGCAAUCGUACUCGUUACAAUGAUCUUGAUGCAUUUCAUCGAGUGCGAGGGUGUUGUAUUUUUCGGGGAUAAAGGUUCGUCAUUACACGGACACACUCAUGGCCGCGCUGGUAAUGUGGAAGAGCUUACAACUAGUACACGAAGUAUCAACAUCGAGAAACUUGCGCACAACGGCGUUCGUCGCAAAAUUGCGACUGUAAUCUUCGAAGUUGGUGUCAUCUUCCACUCGCUCGUUGUCGGACUCGACCUAGGGGUCACUACCGGCUCGGAGUUCAUGACACUAUUGAUCGCAUUAUGCUUUCACCAGUUCUUCGAAGGUGUUGCUGUCGGCACCGCCGCUCAAGAGUCCAUUGAAGCCCCCAGUAAGCUACUGAUGAUGAACUUCCUCUUCGCUAUCACGACUCCGAUCGGUCAGGCAUUUGGUAUCGCUAUUCACAGCACAUACUCAAGCUCAUCUACUGCAGCUCUCUGGAUGCAGGGCAUUUUCGAUUGCGUAGCUGGAGGUAUUCUCCUGUACACGGGCCUCGUCGAGCUGUUGACGUACAAGAUGACAACCAAUCAGAAGUUCCUGUCUCGUACCAUGAGACAGCGGUUCACGCUGUACAUCAGUCUGUGGCUCGGUGCUGGCUUCAUGGCGCUAAUCGGCAAAUGGGCAUAG